CACAUAGAGAAACAGCAUGCCACUGCUGGGACUCCGGAGCAUAACACUCUAUAUAGGAGUGGCACAGCAGCAGGAGGCUUAACAGGUAGUGCUGAAACUGUUUUGUAACCCUUCCUACCAAUGGAUGACUAUGAACACAGUGUGCACGUCUCCGAGGGUGACUGGGACUCCUUCCAGGAGUGCGAGGACUGUGAUCUCCACCCCCCCGCGCUGGCUGGAUUGGACUCUAGCAUUAGUGACUACAGCUUGAGUGACGUUGAUGAUGCGGGAGGGUCCACUUUCUUAGACAAGGGUCUGCGAGCUGACCUCAAGUCAGAUGCUUGGGAGGCUGUCUGCCCCAUGGACGGCCCCCGGGAUUCCGAGGGUUCUCCCGUGGAGCAUUACCUCAACAAGUACAGUGUCGGUAGCUUGGAGAAUGUCCUGUCGUGCAGCGAGGAUGAGGAUGUGCACCUGGAGUCUAUCAAUAGGUUCUUUGAGAGGCUUAAAAGUCUCCCGGAGGCUGAACAGUUUAUUGAGCACAGCCAAGCAACAGUGGGGAAAAGCAGCAAGGUGGCGCAGGGGGAGGUGUGUGGUGAUGGGCCACGAGCCAAUGACGACACUUUGCCAAUAAACAACCCAGAGUUCAACUCCCUGUCUGCCAGCAGUGAGGCAGCAACUGGCAUGGAAACCACAGAGCCAGACAAUGCCAACACAACAGAUAGGCCUGACUCCAAGAUGGCCCCUGAGCUCCCAGUCAAUUAUGCCUCUGAGGGCAAGACAGACAAAUCCACCAAUCCCAAUGUAGAGUUGGCCAUCAGAGAGGGGGAUUGGUUGUUGCUGCCAGCAAAUGAAGCAGGGAGGCAGAAAAGGGAGGGUCAAUCCUCUGACUUACUCAAAGCAAUAUUGGAAAUGACAGCCGACUCAUUAAAGACACCUGCCUCUGGGAAAGUGCUGAACUCAGAGUUAGCUGUAUGCAAAAGUGUGGGUGAUGAGAGUAAUGGGGAUAUCAUGUUAGAUAAACCACCUCUUAAGAAAACCUCUGAUUCUUGCCUUAACCCUGAUAGGGAUUCAUCUACAAACCUUGAAGUGAUGCCACACAAUAAAUCAACAGAAGGCAAAUACCUUGCUGUCACAUCACCAAAGAAAGACCCAGAACAGCAGAGCGUAAGGAGCCCAGAUCAGUCUCCAUCAUUCACCAUUAAAAAGAAGAGAAGGAGAAAAAAAACUGUCAGUAUUGUGGACGCUGGCCAAGGGUACAAGAGGCAGUUCUUUGCCAACCAUAGUGACUCUGAGGAGGAGAGAGGUGCACGGGGAAUAGAAAUGGAUGCUCAUGUAAGACUAUCAAGAGAUUACACUGCAGUUUACAUGAAUGAGGCCGGCUGUGAGCAUAUCAAAUCCUCAGCUCACCAAACUCAGAGUUCUCAGUGUCCACCCACACACUCAGAAAUACUCCAAGGGAGAACCAGAAACAAUGUGACACCUGGGCCAACUGCAGUGGAGCAUGACGAAGUGAGCCUCAAUUUACCAACUCCCCUUCUAAGAGACCGUCAAAGUCAAACGCUAACUGAGAAGAAUGAGUUGAGGCCAGUAAAAGCUGAGCCUCUUGGUAUGGAGGCUAACUGCAAACAAGCCAAAUCUAGCUUGCCUGUAAACAGUGAAUGCACUGAUAGAUCAAAAUCCCCACCAGGUCGAGCUGUUGACAGCGGUUUGUCAACACCUAAUUAUGAUGGUAAUGUGGCAGCAAAUUUACAGCCAAGCAGCGCAUUACAAUUACAGCCAUCAACAGAAUUUAAAGAAUGUCCUGGAUUGCCAGUCUCGAUGUCCACCUGUGCUUCUAGUGAGUCAUCUCCAGUCACAGAGGAAGCAAAGUUUGGCCCAGAUAACAUCGCAAAAUAUCAAAGCGAGUCUGGGCCUCUGCAACUGCAAGAAGUGAUUGGUAAAAGAUCAAAACGACGCACGGAUCCAAUACGCCACAAUCCACACGACAUAACUCACUGCACUCAGGAAAGACUCAAAACAGGGGACGCCUUCAUCUGA